GCCGCCCGCUCCAGCCUCCAGCUGCAAAAUCCACCCAGCUCCUGCUGACGUGUUCAGCGCCAAAAAAAUCCAGAGUUUUUAGAAAACAAGCCCACCCCCACCACCACGUCGCGGUCGCCGUGGCCGUCGCAGUCGCCAGGAAUUGCCCGCCCGAUAAUCUAUUCGCAGCAAGGCUGGUUCAAUGUUCAAUCUGGGUUGCGCGCAAGCUAAGCUCCUUUGGCUCUCUCUCUCUCGCGCGGCCGGCAGACGGCAGUGCCAGCGCCCGCCAACGCGGCGACCGCGUUGGCGGAUUGGACCGGACGCGCCACGCGAGCGGGGCUACAGCUUCCCUCCCUCGGAGAAACCGAUAACUAUGCCGUCGUCUCGGCAUUGUGGAAGGCUCCCCCCUCCCCUCCUCCAGUCCUCCUCCCCUGCUCUGUCCCCGUCGCUUGCUGGUCCAGUGGUCCACGACUCACGCCACACGGUGACACGGGUCUGCCGAUCGACCAACGCCUGGCGGCCGGGACGGGGGAUGCGCGCGCGGUAGUGGCCGCCGGCACAGAGCGCGAGAACGAGGGGCAAGACUCGAGCGAGUCCGGUGAGCGGUGACCGUCGCCGCCGACUGGCCAGGUCGCCCUUCCCGUGGCCGCUGCAAUGUAAGCGAACACAGUUUUUUGUUUGGUUCACGCCGGUAGUGAAACUCGAAUAGCCAUGGAGCUACGGAAGCCGUGAUUCGAUUUCGUUCGCCGCUUUCCGGGAGCACGCUGUGAUGUGUGUUUCUUUUUCUUUUUCUUUUCCUUUUUGCCCUAUAGCCUACCCAUGUAAGCUGCCUGUAUUUACAGUAUGCGCGGUUGAGAGGAUUUUCCUUGGUGCUAGGGUAAAUCACCCAUUAAUUAUAUAGUUCACAAACAGUAGCAAGUGUUAGUACUUCGUAUUUGAUUGGAUGACUCAGUCUGAAAUGGAAAAGGGCGAUCUUUUAAAUUUGCAAGACGAAAAGUUGCUAGAAUGCAUGACAAGGUCGUGCCGGCAAGCGCGUGAUGGCUUAUUUUUUAAUCCUUUCAGCAGUUGGUGAUAGUAGUACUUUUUAAAAAAAAAAUACUGUAAUAAUUACAGUUGGUGAUAGCAGACUAGCAGUUGAUUCAUCCACAGUCACAGACAAUCGCUGCUCCAACGAGUUGUGCGUUCUUCUACAAACAAAACUUCUCUCAUCCUCUUUGGUUGCUGCAUGGAAAUUGUUUGCUGGUUACUGCCUUACUGGCACUGCUGAAAAUUCUGAGAUUGCUGGUUCUUGCAUGCAAUUUCGCUUUGGCCGGCAGAAGCAAGGAGCAGCAAUGGCGUCUCCAGAUCCUCGGACGGUCUUCCUCGUCUUCAUCGUGGUCCUUGUCGUGGUCGUCGUCAUCCUGCUUGGUAUCUGCUGGAAGUUCCUCAAGCCAGACAUCAUGAGGAAGCUGAUGCGGCCAAGAAGCCCUGGUUCAGAUGUUCCUGAGUACUUCAGCAGCAACAUGAGCGGGAACCUCCGGACGAUCACCUACUUCGACUACGCGACGCUGAAGAAGGCCACUAGGGACUUCAACCAGAAAAACCAGCUUGGCAGAGGAGGCUUCGGCCCCGUUUAUCUGGGGAGGCUAGACGACGGUAGGAGAGUUGCGGUGAAGCAGCUCAGCGUCGGCAAGUCUGGGCAGGGCGAGUCGGAGUUCUUCGUCGAAGUGAACAUGAUCACAAGCAUCCAGCACAAGAACCUCGUGCGCCUGGUGGGGUGCUGCUCCGAGGGGUCGCAGCGGCUGCUGGUGUACGAGUUCAUGAAGAACAAGAGCUUGGACAAGAUACUGUUCGGGGGUGAUGGCUCGCCGUUCCUGAACUGGAGAACCAGGCACCAGAUCAUCAUCGGCGUCGCACGGGGCUUGCAGUACCUCCACGAGGAGUCAAACCUGAGGAUCGUUCACCGCGACAUCAAGGCCAGCAACAUCCUCUUGGACGACAAGUUCCAGCCCAAGAUCGGCGACUUUGGCCUCGCCAGGUUCUUCCCCGAGGACCAGACGUACCUGAGCACUGCGUUUGCCGGCACUUUGGGCUACACUGCGCCUGAAUACGCCAUCAGAGGGGAGCUCACGGUGAAAGCCGACACCUACAGCUUCGGUGUGCUGGUGCUCGAGAUCGUCAGCAGCAGGAAGAACACGGACCUGUCUCUCCCGAACGAGAUGCAGUACCUCCCAGAACACGCAUGGAGGCUCUACGAGCAGUCCAAGAUCCUGGAGCUCGUGGACCCGAAGGUGCAGGCCGACGGGCUCGACGCGAAGGAGGUCCAGCAGGUGUGCCAGAUCGCGCUGCUGUGCGUGCAGCCGCGCCCGGACCUCCGGCCGGCCAUGUCGGAGGUCGUGCUGAUGCUGACGAUGAAGAGCGACCAGUCCGUCCCGGCGCCCGUGAAGCCGGCGUUCCUCGACAGGAAGAGCCUCAAGGACAAGAACGUCACGUCGGAUACGGCGAUGGAGAUGAGGUCGGCGUCCUACUGGAUGAACACGCCGUCGCCCAUGGUGGACAAACCGUACGACAUGAGCUGCGGCAUCUGAUUCUAGCGUACGUGUGUGAUGCCGGUAAGAACUGUUUCCUUGCGAUUCUGGGAGAGCUCAUGUUUCAGCGACAGAUUAAGCGCUGUGAAUCGAACACCUUUUCUUUUCUUUUCUUUUUUGGCACAAACUCGUGCAGCACUGGUGUAAAAAGAAUAAUGAGUGCUAUAUAUGUACCAGCAGGACAACAUGGGUAGAGACUGAAUUUACAGUGACAGUGUCCACCGCUGUAUUAAUUAUGCAAGGGGAUCACUCGUCACAAGAUCAUCAGACUAAAGUGUGUGGUGUGUUUUUGUUUUCCACAGCCAUCCAAAGUUUGGUGGGGGUUUCAUGUAAUAAUUUGAUUGCGCUGGUACUAUUUUUUCUUGCGGAUUUUGAGCAACUGCUGAAGAACUACAC